AGAGGCACAACGUCAGCAACACAGAGAAGAGCAGAGAGAGAGCGAGAGACAGGCAGAAUCAGAGAAAACACCAAGGUGUGAUGAGCAAGGGGAAGAGAGAACUACAGUAGUUUCGAAGAGUUUGAAUUUGAAUUUAAGAGGGAAACAAGACAGAGAGAGAGAGCGAGGCUAGAGAGAGAGAGGGGGAGAGAGAGAGAGAGAGAGACACACACGCUGAGGGGUGUGUCAUAGCAAUUUAGUUCCUCAAGGAAGUGCAACUCAACAUUAUCUUAAGAUAGGGUGGCAGCAGUGACAGAAGCGCUGCAGGAGGGCUGGUUUUUUUGGGUUUUGGUUCUGCUCGUGGUGAAGAUGAAGGGAUCUCAUUAAAUCAACUGGCCUGUGCUGUCAACCUGAGACACAGAGUAGAGGGAGAGAGAGAUAUCUGACACAGACCAGGAGGGAGGGGGACUCAGCACACGCAGGCAAACAUGGACGCCUUCAGCUCAAAGGACAUGGCCAUGAGGGCGCAGAAGAAGAUCCUCAGCACCAUGGCCACCAAAAGCUCCGUCCAAAUGUUCAUUGACGACACCACCAGCGAGAUCCUGGAUGAACUCUACCAGGUCUCCAAAGAGUAUUCGGGUAAUAAAUCUGAGGCCCAGAAGGUGAUCAAAAACCUGAUCAAGAUUGCAGUAAAGGUCGGCGUGCUGUUCAGGAACAACCGUUUUAGCACAGAAGAGCUGGGAAUAGCUGAAGAUUUUAAGAAGAAGCUGCACCAAGGGACCAUGACGGCUAUCAGCUUCUAUGAGGUGGACUUUACCUUUGACAAGUCAGUGAUGGAGGAGCUCCUGAGCAGCUGCAGGGAUCUGCUGCUGAAGCUGGUCAACAACCAUCUCACCCCUAAAUCUCAUGGUCGCAUCAAGCACGUCUUCAACCAUUACUCCGACCCCGAGCUACUGACCAAACUGUAUGACCCCAGUGGCCCCCUCCGACCCCACCUCACCAAGAUCUGCAAAGGACUCAACAAACUGGUGGAGGAGGGGACAAUAUGACAUAGAAACAAUAAAAAUGUCAGUCAGACACUGGGAGAUCUACAGGCAGACUCACUUAAGACUGUCCGAAUUGUUCUUACUGCUGCAGAGGACUGGCAACGUAAGACAAGUGAUUUGAGACCAAAACCGCUGCCCCAUCGUUGUUAACAUGUGGGAUAAAAAAUAAAGUCGGUUGAGUCACUCCUCAAGUUUUUAAUGUUUAGAGGUUAUAUAUAUAUAUAUAUAUACACACACUGUAAAAUUGUGAUAUAUACUUUUCUAGUCAGAGUUCACAGAAACCAAACUUGAAUAGAAACUGGUUUCUACUAUAUCAGCCGUUUUAUUCGAUUACGAAACGUCAUCCGAUGUUUAAUAUUUGAGACCUUGAAAUGUUUCAUUCAGAACUACUGAUGUUGUGUAUUCAGGAGAGGAGGAGUCAAAACAGCUGGACAGCUUGCAUAAAGAGUGAAGGCAGGGAAUGAUGCCACUGUAAUACAGCACUGCCAUCUGGUGGUCAAAGAUGAUACUCCAACAACACAAUGUACUGUAUUUACUGAGGCGUUCGGAAGACAAUGCAGCCAAUAAUAAAGCAAAUAACCCCACAGUGGACAAUUACUUACACCAACACUUUGCAGUCUUGGCUUCAAAACAUGUUUAGGAGCAUCAACAAAAAGACUGACUCUUAAAAAUGCUGUUGACUGCAUGAGCUUGAAUGUUAAUCCGAUAAUUCAUGUUUUUCUGAAGAUUGAAUCACAGGUGUUAUUCUUUGGUUUUACAUUACAAAGACACUGAAUCUUAACGGGCAAGGGAAAAAUCAGGCUCACCCUAUAUAAUAGUCAAAUAUGGUAAUUUAGCAUUUAACUGCUAAAAUAUGAUCUUCUUUGUGCAAAGUGGAGAAAAGUCAGUUGAACUGUGAAAUUACAGAAAUGUAAAGAUCAAGUGCUAAUGACAGUCAACUGUUUCUGGAGGUGCUUUUAUAAGAUGAGUCCAGCCCUGGAAGACGAAGUGUGGACAAACAUAUGAACCUGAUGAAAUAAAUCAUUUUUUUUAUUCUAAAAUGUAUUACAUAAAAAUAUGCCCAUAACAAAAUAAUAAAAAGAUUGCUGUCAAAAUA